AAAAAGGCGGCCUCGAAUUGAGCCUGGCUGCCGCCGGUCCUCCAUGCUGGCAGCAUUUGCCGCCGCCGCCGCCGCGACCUCCCAGGCUCACGACGUCUGGGGCACGGGCGUCAACACCACAGGUUGGGCCGUCUUUGCCAUCACCGACUUUGCGAUCGGCGGCCUCACCAAGGCGCCUGAUGCUCAAGUCGAGGUGAUCGUCGAGCCAAAGAUGUCUUCGGGAAGGCCCGAGGUGUCGCACCUUUCCAAAGUGCUCUACGGCUCUACCAGCGGCGUCUUCGAUCUGCACGUCUACCUGCCCGCCGACAGCUCGGCGGUGACCGUGAACUUGUACGACCACUGCAGCUGGCAGGAGCCUGGCGAGCUGAUCUUCACAACCCGCUACGAUCUGGCAGACUGCCCGGCCGAGCAGUCGGCGACACAGGGCUGUGCGCUGGCGUGGCAAGAGCCCGUGGAGCUGCCACCGCUGUUGGCAGCCAAACAGUUCCCUUGGCACCCUUGGGCGGCGUCACCCGGCGAGCGGUCGGCACGCCUCCUCGGGUACCAUGCGACUGGAGCAGAGAUGGUGAGCCGGGUGCGGGUGGCGAGUCGACGCGGUGUGGGCGUGCAGUUUGAGGACGUGUCGCGCGACCCGGCAAGGUUCGCGCUGGGCCGCAUCCAGAAUGAUGCGAUUGAAACGCAGCUCUUCUUUGCGGAGGCGGGCUCCGUAUUCCCUGAGGCGCUGCACGGGCUGUGGUGGAUGGACCAGCGUGGCGUCUCGCUGAAGGACGGGCCGUAUCCGUCGGAUCCGGAGUACACCCAGGUCUGCCUUGGAGCUGCCGAGGAGAACCUCAUCUCGUUUGGGGAAGCGUCCUGGGACAACGAGACGCGGUGCGCUUCCGGCGUGCGGCAAUACAGCGGCGGCCCGCUCUCUGGCCACUGGACCUGGUUCGAUGAGUCUGGGAAUGGUGAGAGCAAACCGUGGAGCAGCGGCGCCGACUGGAUCCUAAAGUACGAGUUCUGCUUCUCUAGCGAUGACUUUGACCAGAUCGAUGUGAGAACAAAAAUUACAAACGACGCGCUCGGCGAGAUUACGCUGCCGACGUUCGCUACGAUGGUUCGGACGAGCUGGGGAUGGGACCGUGUCACCACGAUUCCGGACGCUCCCGCAAAGCUGACGGAGUUUCUCAAGACCGCCUCUAUCGACUCGGGCCUAGCUGAUUGGGUUCAGGCCAAGUUCGGACCGGGCUACGGCGACUUUGCAGCUUCCGGCUUCGCCUGCCAUUACCCGUUGCGCCAGGUCGUUGACGGUACGGGCAAGAGGACUGACGCUUACAGCGAGUACCUCGCGUACGUCAACAUGCAGACCGAGUGCGAGGAGGCCAGCUUCGAAUGCCCCCGAAACCGGGGCAGGGGGACGCAGCUCGUCGGAAGGCUGGCGUUGCCGCGAUGAAGGAGACGCAGGUGCGGCUAAGUGAUAAAAUCACAUUCUCCUGCGUUCUGUUCGUAUGUUUACAGAGAUACGCGCCGAAA